AUGGGUGUCCAAGACCUGAACGUGGAGAUCCAAGACCUGAACAUGGAGAUCCAAGACCUGAACAUGGAGGUCCAAGACCUGAACAUGGAGGUCCAAGACCUGAACAUGGAUGGCCAAGACCUGAACAUGGAUGGCCAAGACCUGUACAUGGAGGUCAAAGACCUGAACAUGGAGAUCCAAGACCUGAACAUGGAUGGCCAAGACCUUAACAUUGAGAUCCAAGACCUGAUCAUGGAGAUCCAAGACCUGAACAUAGAGAUCCAAGACCUGAACAUGGAUGUCCAAGACCUGAACAUAGAGAUCCAAGACCUGAACAUGGAGGUCCAAGACCUGAACAUGGAGGUCCAAGACCUGAACAUGGAGGUCCAAGACCUGAACAUGGAGGUCCAAGACCUGAACAUGGAAGUCCAAGACCUGAACAUGGAGGUCCAAGACCUGAACGUGGAUGUCCAAGACCUGAACAUGGAAGUCCAAGACCUGAACAUGGAGGUCCAAGACCUGAACAUGGAUGGCCAAGACAUGAACACGGAGGUCCAAGACCUGAACAUGGAGGUCCAAGACCUGAACAUGGAGGUCCAAGACCUGAACAUGGAAGUCCAAGACCUGAACAUGGAGGUCCAAGACCUGAACGUGGAUGUCCAAGACCUGAACAUGGAGAUCCAAGACCUGAACGUGGAUGUCCAAGACCUGAACGUGGAUGUCCAAGACCUGAACAUGGAGAUCCAAGACCUGAACAUGGAGAUCCAAGACCUGAACAUGGAGAUCCAAGACCUGAACAUGGAUGUCCAAGACCUUAACAUUGAGAUCCAAGACCUGAUCAUGGAGAUCCAAGACCUGAACAUAGAGAUCCAAGACCUGAACAUGGAUGGCCAAGACCUUAACAUUGAGAUCCAAGACCUGAUCAUGGAGAUCCAAGACCUGAACAUAGAGAUCCAAGACCUGAACAUGGAUGUCCAAGACCUGAACAUAGAGAUCCAAGACCUGAACAUGGAGGUCCAAGACCUGAACAUGGAGGUCCAAGACCUGAACAUGGAGGUCCAAGACCUGAACAUGGAGGUCCAAGACCUGAACAUGGAAGUCCAAGACCUGAACAUGGAGGUCCAAGACCUGAACGUGGAUGUCCAAGACCUGAACAUGGAAGUCCAAGACCUGAACAUGGAGGUCCAAGACCUGAACAUGGAUGGCCAAGACAUGAACACGGAGGUCCAAGACCUGAACAUGGAGGUCCAAGACCUGAACAUGGAGGUCCAAGACCUGAACAUGGAAGUCCAAGACCUGAACAUGGAGGUCCAAGACCUGAACGUGGAUGUCCAAGACCUGAACAUGGAGAUCCAAGACCUGAACGUGGAUGUCCAAGACCUGAACGUGGAUGUCCAAGACCUGAACAUGGAGAUCCAAGACCUGAACAUGGAGAUCCAAGACCUGAACAUGGAGAUCCAAGACCUGAACAUGGAUAUCCAAGACCUGAACGUGGAGGUCCAAUGCCUGAACAUGGAUGUCUAA